UGGGCCUGACUAGUGCCUAGUGGAAUCAUCUGUCAAGUGUCAUAAAGGUUAAUGUGGUAUUUUUAUAAAAAUUCGAUCAAAUUCGUUGUUGUUUUUUAUGUAACGUAACUAAUCACUUCAUGUAAGACGCAAUGUUUUCACUCCAGAACCAAAAUCAGGCAAUUUUUACUCUCUCUCAAAUCUCCGCGAUAAUAACCCCCCGUCAGAAUGCCUUCCUGAACAAGAAAGCCCUCCGUGACAAGGACAAAUCGCAAAUCAUGUGCAAAGAAAGCUUCCUCGAGGCCCUCAAAAACUGCGACUUUUCGUUCACCAAACACCUCAAAGACACCUCAUUUCUCAACAAUUUCAAAGUGUCGUACGUGUCACAUGACACUUUUUUCGAAAACAAACACGGAUUCGCCGAGACUGACUUAAAAAACGCUGUACCAACUCUCAUAGUCAAUCGGAGACACUUCUAUGUCCCCCAGAACUUCUACCAGAAGCUUGUUUACGGUUUGAGACACGAAAACGCCUUCACGUUUGACAUCCAAGUGCGGGGGUUCAAGACUGAUCGGAGUGUCAAGGCGGAGAUGCAGCGCAAUCCUGGUCUGGGGGCCCGGAUCAAAAACGCGCUUGGUUUAGCCCCCAGUGAGAAUUUAGACUCGAAAUUGGCCAAAGAUCUGUCAUUGGGGAACGAGAAAAUGAAGCAGAUUUUCGCGGAGGGAAACUCGAUGUCAGAGGCGGAGAAACAGAGGAUUAAGGUGGCUUUCGCUGAGGGGUACUUGUUGGCAAAUAGCCCCGGGGCCCGAACUGGGAAAGCAGCUCGAUAUUUUAAGGUUUUUCAACAGGUUUUGACCAUUGUCAUUUUCCUGGCGAUUGUUAUUAGUUUGAUGGUUAGCACGACUGGCUCGAUUUUUAGAAUUCAAUUGGGGAAUCAAGUGGAAGUAGAUCCUGAGGAAAUUCACGUGACUUUUGAUGAUGUCAAGGGGGCUGAUGAGGCCAAACAAGAGCUUAAAGAUGUAGUCGAAUUUUUGAAAAAUCCCGAGAAAUUUUCACAAUUAGGGGGCAAAUUACCUAAAGGAGUUCUCCUAGUUGGGCCCCCAGGUACUGGUAAAACUCUUUUGGCUAGGGCUGUGGCUGGUGAGGCUGGGGUUCCCUUUUUUCACGCUGCGGGGCCUGAAUUUGAUGAAAUUUUGGUGGGGCAAGGGGCUAGACGAGUCCGAGAUUUGUUUAAAUCUGCUAAAGAAAAAGCCCCUUGUGUGAUUUUUAUCGAUGAAAUUGAUUCAGUCGGUGCGAAAAGAACAAAUAGUGUUUUGCAUCCUUACGCAAAUCAAACAAUUAAUCAACUUUUGAGUGAAAUGGAUGGUUUUCAUCAAAAUGAAGGAGUUAUUGUUUUAGGGGCUACUAAUCGAAGGGAUGAUUUAGAUCAGGCUUUGUUGAGACCAGGAAGGUUUGAUGUUGAGGUCACAGUUCCUACGCCCGACUUUACCGGCCGCAAGGAAAUCCUCGGUUUAUAUUUGGGCAAAGUCCUGGCCAAAGGCGUGGAUUUGGAGCUUCUGGCCCGGGGAACCACCGGUUUCACCGGCGCCGAUCUCGAAAACAUGGUCAAUCAAGCAGCACUCAAGGCUGCCAUCGACGGGGCUGAUUGCGUCAGCAUGAAAUACCUCGAAUCGGCCCGAGACAAGGUCCUCAUGGGCCCCGAGCGCAAAUCGCGCAUCCCCGACGAAGAGGCCAACCUCAUAACGGCGUACCACGAAGGGGGCCACGCAAUCGUCGCUUUCUACACGCGAGACAGUCACCCAUUGCACAAAGUCACGAUAAUACCAAGGGGCCCCAGUUUGGGGCACACGGCCUACAUUCCGGAGAAGGAGCGGUAUCAUGUGACCAAAUCGCAGCUUUUGGCGACGAUGGAUGUGAUGAUGGGGGGCAGAGCCGCCGAGGAGUUGAUUUUUGGGACUGAGAAAAUUACCUCAGGGGCGAGUUCGGAUUUGAAACAAGCGACUUCUAUAGCCACCCAUAUGGUCAAGGAUUGGGGAAUGUCGGAGAAAAUUGGGUUGAGGACGAUGACUGAGAGUUCGAAACCGUUUCAAGGGGACAGUUUGGGGCCCUCGACGAAUGAGCUUGUCGAUAGCGAAAUUAGGAGGAUUUUGUCGGAGAGUUACGACAGGGCUAAACAUAUUCUCAAAGCUCAUGCCAAGGAACAUAAAGCUUUAGCUGAAGCAUUGAUGAAAUACGAGACACUAGAUGCGGAAGAUAUUAAAGCCAUAAUGACAGAAAAAGGGCCACAUAUUGAAAAAUCUUAAGUGGGUUUAUUAGAGACUUUUUGAUGACAGUAUGCUGUGUUAAAAUCGGGUUUCUUCGCUUAGUUAGCCACUGUUUUGUACAUAUUUACAUAAUAAAGCGUAAGCAGGCCUUCGGUUACUUAAUUUCAAGUAAGUAAAUGAAAUUUACUGUAAUAUAACACAAUAAAAUUUUAUUAUCGAG